CUUUUGCGCACUUUUCCUAUUUAUCGCGUAUCUGCGUCUAGAUAUAUGGUUAUAUAGUCUUUUACCCCUUUUAGCAAAGUUGGGUUUCCUGAAUUGCCCCAGGGGAAAUAUUGCCCCUACCGCUGUUGGCCACGAUGUUCUACACCCAGCAACCCACUCACAUCGCCCGCGCCACCGAGCUGAACCAAGAACCUCCAAAUGGCAUUCCCUACUCUGUUGCCAUAUCUGGCUCGGAGAAGCCUGGGCGGAGCAAGGUUUACCGUGCCUGGAAUGCGCAGAAGGAGCUGGUGAAAUCUCUAGAUCCGAAGAUUCUCACUGUCCAUGACAUGUUCGAGUCAACUGCGAACCGAGUUCCCAGGCAUCAUUGUCUCGGAUGGCGUCCCUACCAUCCGGCCACUAAGACCUAUGGGCUUUACCAUUGGAUCGAUUAUGAAACUGUCCAGAAGCGACGGGCCAACUUUGGUGCUGGCCUGGUAGAACUUCAUAUCUCACACGGUUGCUCUCGUCCUGACCAGUACGGUAUUGGCAUCUGGUGUCAAAACAGGCCUGAGUGGCAGAUCACAGACCUCGCAUGCAUGUCCCAAGACCUGUACUCUGUGUCCAUUUAUGAUGUCUUCGCCUCGGACGCCGUUGAAUAUAUUAUUAACCACGCAGAGUUAAAUUGUAUUGUGACCUCCCUGCCGCACAUAGCUACCUUGCUUAAGCUAAAACCUAUGCUACCCGCACUUAAGAUUAUUGUUAGCUUGGAUCCUCUUGAUAAUGGCGAGCAGGAUGGCCACUCAAAGCAUGCCCUCCUAACGUCCCUUGCUGGAGAGGAUGUUUCAAUAUAUACUAUGGAUCAAGUCGUGAAACUGGGCGCUUCUGCCAGCCGCCCCUACAAGCCGCCAAAACCUUCGAGCAUCAUUACCAUUAACUAUACCUCUGGUACCACAGGUGCUCCAAAAGGUGUAGUCCUGACCCACCAGAAUGCAGUGGCGGCAACCUCCGCCGCCCUUGGGAUGAUCCCCCAGGUCCCAGAUGAUACUUUGGCGUCAUAUCUGCCGUUGGCUCACAUCUAUGCUCGUUUGGUAGAACAUGGAGCUUUCUGGGCUGGUGCUCGAAUUGGCUAUUUCCAUGGAAAUAUUGUUGAGUUAGUCGAUGACCUGAAACUUCUCAAGCCCACCAGGUUUAUCUCCGUUCCUCGACUUUACAGUCGUUUUGGAAAUGCCAUACGCUCGUCAACUAUUGAAGCUCCCGGCUAUAAAGGCGCCUUGUCAAGGUACAUUAUGGCAGUUAAAACCGCCCGUUUAUCGACUUCUCACCCUUCUGUGGCCACUGUAAAGCAUGCCUUGUAUGACAGACUUUGGUCUAAAAAAGUGGCAGCCGCCCUUGGAUUGGAACGUGCCUAUUUAAUGAUCUCCGGAUCGGCUCCCCUGGAUCCAUCCCUGCAUACCUUCUUGCGUGCUGCAGUUGGUACUGAUUUUAUCCAGGGCUAUGGCUUAACCGAGUCAUACUCCAUAAUAUCCGGCCAGGCUCCAAAUGAUCUUACGGUGGGCAACUGCGGGCGCCUUGCUCCAUGUACUGAAGUUUGCCUGCUUUCUCUCCCUGAUAUGGAGUACUACGUGGAUGACAAGCCUUACCCUCGAGGUGAGCUACUAAUACGGGGCCCAAAUCUGUUUCGUGAAUAUUUUAAGAAUCCCGAAGAGACGGCCAAUGCAAUAACGGAAGACGGGUGGUUUCAAACAGGCGAUAUCUGCACCUUUGAUGAGAGGGGCCGUUUUAUUAUUAUUGAUCGCCGGAAGAAUAUUCUCAAGCUUGCACAAGGGGAGUAUAUUUCUCCUGAACGCUCGGAGGGAAUAUAUUUAUCGGAGCCGGGCUACAUUGCCCAGUGUUAUAUCCAUGGUGAUAGUGACCAGACCUUCUUGGUUGGCAUCUUCGGUAUACAGCCUGAUUUGUUUGCGCCAUUUGCCAGUAAGGUGCUUGGUCGGACAAUCGCACCAACUGACAUCGAGAAGAUGAAGUCAAUACUCAAUGACGACAAUAUCCGGAGAGCCGUGCUGCGGGAUCUUGAGAGAGUGGCGAAGAAGCACAAGAUGGCUGGGUAUGAGAGAGUGAAGAAUUGUGUUUUGAUGUUGGAGCCAUUCACCGUACAGAAUAAUCUUUUGACUCCAACUCUCAAACUUAAGCGCCCUCUUAUUGUAAAGCAGUAUCGUCAGCUUUUGCAUAAGCUGUACGCGGAUGCCAUUGCCGAUCAAUCUGCUGUCGGGGCUAAGCUGUAA